UUCGUCAUAACAAUGCAUUUCAAGGAACAUACACGCGCCAAGGAAUGUUUCCUGUCGUUGUGUUGCUAACGUUACCUUUUUCUCUAACGGUUAACGGUAUUUUCUGCUCUGGUAAACGCUGCCGUUGACACACAGGGCAUAUUUCAUUUUUUUGAAAAGUAACGGUUAACCUAUGCAGCAGUUGGAGUGUUAGCUGACAGGCGUUAGCAAGCUACUCGCAGCUCCGUCCGACACAAAACAACAGUGGAUUUAUAUUCAGGUUAUGUUGGUUUCUACCGGUGAUGGUUAUCGGUUACCGUGCAAGGAUAACUUAAUGGGACACGACAUAUCGGAGGCUGAAGCAGCUGCCAUCCCCUCUUCUCUCCGAGCAAGCAAACUAAGCUAAGAAAGGUUAAGACAAUCAGAGGCAACAUUCAAGUGCCUCCACUGUACAGUUUGCUUUCCCAGAGCGUGACUUGUCUGCACGACGUCACCAAUGCGACCAUGGGAAAUAGCAGUAAAUAGGCUGCCACCAACAGCCCCCUUAAACCCUAGGAGGUUCCUUGGAGAGCCCUGCAGUGCCCCCGUGCAUCUCCGGAGAAGCCCACCAGUGAGACGCCAGUGGGGGAGACGAGACAGGCCUAUAUUGCACACUUCUCUGGUCCAUGAUGAGAACUUCCAUCAUCUGCUUUUCUCCCAACAUCACCAACAGGUUCCUUUAGAUGAGUCCAGACAAUACAGCCACACCAGCACACCUCCACGCAUGCUUCACCCUGCUGCCCACCUGCCCCAGCAGAGCCCCAUCAUGGUGGACCUACAUGACCAGAUGCACCAGGGAUCCGUUCCAAUUUCAUACACUGUUACGACGGUGACGACCCAUGGAUUUCCCAUCCACACCGGGCAGCCCCUUCCAGGGUGCAACACUCAGCAGCUCCCAGCAUGCUCGGUAAUGUUCAGCGGACAGCUCUCUCUGCUCUGCUGCCUUCCUCCUCCUCUCAUACAGGCAUGUACCAUGCAGCAUAUGCCCGUGUCUUAUCAAACCUAUCCACCCCUGAUCUCCAGCGAACAUUUUGUAUUGCACCCAACCCCAUCUGUACCCCCCCAUCAGCCGCCGCACCUUACUCCUUUGAGCCAGUUUGUCCCUUUACAGCCUCAGCACCCACGCAUGCCUCUACAGAGGGUAGACAAUGAAGUUGACCUAAGAGGGGACCAGCACCCAUUAAGGACCUUCUCCUACCCUCCCUCACACCACCCACCAGCGUUGCCUCCCUCUCUGCCCCUACAGUAUCUUCCUCAAGAGCCUCUGCAUCAGGAGCUUCCCUUUGGAGUGCCAUACCCCCACCUGCUGCCCCGGAGAGUGAGUGGACAGAGAUACCGGCUGCAACAACCCAUCCCCCCUCCUCCUCCCCCUCCAUCUUACUACCCAGGCUUCCUCCCUUACUUCCUGUCAAUGCUUCCUGUGCCUCCAACAGCAGUGGGCCCAGCCAUCAGUCUAGACCUGGAUGUGGACGAUGUUGAGAUGGAAAACUAUGAGGCGAGUGUUAUGGCAUUACUGAAUCUGGCGGAGCGGUUGGGUGAAGCGAAACCGCGCGGACUUACUAAAGCUGAUAUAGAGCAACUUCCGUCCUACAGAUUCAACUCAGAGAAUCAUCUAUCUGAGCAAACGCUGUGUGUUGUGUGCUUUAGUGACUUUGAGUGUAGGCAGCUACUUCGGGUAUUACCUUGUAACCACGAAUUCCACGCAAAGUGUGUGGAUAAAUGGUUAAAGACCAAUCGCACUUGUCCUAUCUGUCGAGCCGAUGCCUCGGACGUCCACCGGGAGGCGGAGUGAGAACUGUCUCCGAGUGCUGAACUGGAAAGCUGCACACACCAGAGUCUGUCCCAGAACUGGGGACACCUGCCACCUACCCUGCGUCCUCCAGUAAAUAUAGCUUACCAACCCACGACUCAUGUCCCUUCCUAAAUAAUAAGCAAUCCAGGAUUUUCUUCUGGAGCCUGUUGUACCUCUGCUGUGCUUCAUCGUCCGAGUCUCAUGAAACCCACUGCCUAUCGCAGCCUAUAGCCAGAGUUCUGGGAUCGCCAGCCAGUUCUUUCUCUGCCCCCUCGUUGCAGAUUCCAAAGAUUCCCCCCUACAAUGCAUUAUUUGCUGCUUUUGUUUACAGGGUUUCAUUAUUAUUUAGUGGAUUUGGUUGUGGUGUUCAUGGAAAGUUGGAAGUCCUAGCAUUGGAAGAGGUGAGUCGGGAGCCCGGAGGAUGAUAGGCUGGACACCUUGUGCAAUUAGCAGAAAAAUAAUAGAAAACACUUCAACAUGGGUAUCUGUGUCUGGAGGCGACGCCUGACCAUCAUAGAUGCAUGUUUGUGUAGGUGUUGGGCAAAGUGACUUGUUAAUAAUGUAUGUUCUGCAAUAAUGUAUUGAUCAUUUCAACAGUUAUACCCCUUAUUUGUUUUAGAUUUGCCAAUUAUUUUGUGAAAGUGUGACUUGCUGUGGUGAAAUGCAGAUUCUGUUAAGCCUGGCGUUAUGGACCGCAAGUGAUGGGACAUGCAACUGUGGGGUCUCUUCUAGCCCAGAUUUUCCACCCUGGAACACAGAUCUGUACAAAGCAGUCAAGAUUAAUGGGCUGCGUCUUUUUGAGGUCAUCCGGCAUAACUGCACAAGUGCUACAUCCACCCUCCACGUCAGCAUUGUUCCUCUGGCAAGUGUGAAUGCGUGUGUACAUAUAGUGUGCGUGUGUAUGUUUGUCCUGUUCACAGAGCCAAUGCAUUGUGUAACCACUGGAUACAGGGCAGCAUGCUAGGAUUUGCAUGAACUGUUGAUUCAGACUAGCAAUAUUUUAAUCAAGCAUUGCCACCAAAAUUGUCUAAUUUUAAGAAAAAGACGAAACAAAGAAGCAUACUAAAAGAACUGCUUGCUUAUUCAGAAAGCGCCAUGAGGGAAGACUAGCAUGUGGUACCACCCUGACUGCGAGUAAGGAUGGGAGUCCGAAGGCUUUGCUGAUGCCAUAAAACUCUGGAGGCCUGUGCAGAAAGCAAUAUGUGCAGUGAGUGGCGAGUAUCAAAUGAACUUUCUUCCCCUUUAGGAAGACCGGGCUUUUUAUUUCAUUGUUUGUGAGCCAAAUCCAAUACACAGCUAUAGCCUACUGUUCAAGAUUUCAGAUCUGCCUUCUUAUGACCUUGACAAGCACAAACCUAUUACUAAUCCUGAAAAUACUUUGUCAUUUCCACUUGUUUUAAAAGUAUGCCGUUUAAAAAAAAAAAAAGGUUUAUUUAUUGUUUUUUUCUUCUGGAGAAAAAACAUUGAAGGAAAGAGUUGGAGCACUAACAUAUCUGUAAUGUAUGUGUUAUAACUUGGUCAGGUCAUUAUCUAAGGCCAUGGUGAUGGUGUUGUAAAAGAGCAACUGUAUGUAUAGCUUCAGUGUGAAUGCUUUUAGAUAAACGUUUGAAGACAGAAGAAUGUUGAAAACCCUUGUAGAAGUCACUGGUGACACUCCACGUUACGCCAACUGUGCACCCCACAGGGUUGAAAAGGACAAAGCGGGAGUGUUUAGGAGUGUAGAAACACUGUUAGACUUCUAGUUCCCUGCUUGUGUUCACACUUUAAAAAAACAGGAAACGUUUGGGGUGGGAGGGAAAAGAGCAGCGAAUGGACUUUUGCUUUGGAUUCACUCUUUGUCUCUUAACUGCCCCAGUAAGCACUAACAGGUGGUUGUAACCUUUUGCUUUUAUGUGUAAAGGGAUCUUGCCUUUUUCUUUACUUAUGUUUCCAAAUUGAAUGUGAGUCUUUGACGUGUGUGCCACUUUCAAGAGAAAAAAAAAGAAGCCAUUUAAUGAGUUAAACCCACAGCUUUGAGAAUUAACCUAUGUGUACAUAUCUAUUUGCUGGCAUAUAUUGUAAGUUAAAAAAAAAAACUCUCAGGGCCUCUCGGUAUAUAAAAAAUAAAGGAGAACAGUCCAUUUCAAAUGAAAAGGAUGCCAUGAAAAGGGUAUAUCUGAAUUUAGUGUGGUCCCCUUCCUCAGACUACAAAUAAUUUAAUGUAAUCAAUUAUAAUAUUCUGUUUUGUCGGAAAAUAGUAGAUAUUACAUCAUUUAAAGACAGGCAUGCGAGAAAAAAAUCAGUAAAUAUGUUAUUAAUAUUAACUGAAAACACGCAAUGUACACUGCAACUCAUUACAAGUGUAUUAUUCAAAACAGUUUGACUUUUGUUACUCAAACCAUAUGUUAAACAUAGCGGUUGUGAACCCAUUUGUUAACGUGCCGCUGUGCACACUAUCCUACCUAAUUCACUCCCAAAUCUACUUCAGAGGUGUUUUGCAUGACUUAAAAAAAGUAUAACAAAUGUGUUAUAGCGGAGGAUAUUUGCAAAAUCUGGUGGGGACCUAUUUAACGGUGCACAAUAUGCAUGCUUGUCAACGGGAUCCCAGCUGAUUUUUAGCUCUAGUUGGCUUUGGGUUCUGGGGGUUUGGAUCUUAACGCUCAGCUGAUAACUGCCAUGCAUUGUACUGCACACAUUUGUAAUAGAACUGAAUGACUACAAGAUUUUAUUGCGCUUCAUUUUAUAGAAGAAAAAAAAACUGGUCUUGAAUCCAGAAAUUCUUCCAUACCUUGUGUUACUGUUAUUGCCCUAAUGACUGAAGAUGACAUGCUCUGAAACUACUGUAGUUUAUCAAAAGCCAUAGUGAAAAGGUGCUAGAUGUUCUGCUUUUAGGUAUGAAAACUCACCCGCGUGAAUGCAAUAGUGUGUCAUGGAUCCCAUGUAUUCUUAAAGCAUGUUAUACUAAUACCCCUAAACAAUGUCAGUGAAAAUCAAUAUAGUUUAAGGGAUUUA